GAGAGGUUCUUGUUGGUUGUUCUCGCCGUAGCAGAGGAAAGUGUCGCGAGAGCUGGUUGCCUUGGCUCCCUGUAGCUAUAGCAGCCGCGGCGGUUAAGAAUGCGGCGGCAGGAGGGCUCUCUGGCACAGCUGGCUAUUCAAGUCACAGAGGAAGAGAGGAGAAGAGACUUACUGAAGUUCUGGGUGGAAUGAUAGAAGAUGUUUGGAGCAUUAUAAAAAACAGCAGCAGCAACAGCAAAUAAUAUAAUUCAAACAAACUUCUUUUCUUUGUGGAAUCUAUGUCAGUGGCUUAGAACUUGAAUUUUUACUUCAGGGAAUAAUGGGACAAGGCAAUAAAAGGAGGCGAGGAGGGUUACAUUGGAUUCUUGCUUAUCUGUCUGCCUCUCCUUCCAGUUGGAAAAAUCUUCAAUCCACGAGAAGCGUUAUUAACAAGCCAAAGGAACACAUCCUACCUACCUUGAUCCUGGAUACAGUUGGAGUUGAGGAUUACAGCCACUUCACCAGGAUUUUUUGAAAGCAGUUCAAGAAAAAUAGAAGGAAAUAAUACUCAAGGAUAUCUCUGUUUGUAUUUGUCCUGUGCCAUUUUAAAUUUUGAGCAUUGUUUGGAGCAAGUUGAGGACAGCUCCGUCAUGUGGAUCUAAGAGGAUACCUGCAUUCCUUGAGCUACAUAUAUGAUGUUUGGAAGGUUGUAAACUCAAAAUCUUUCAACAUAUAUUAAUUAAAUUCUGGAUUCUCUUUCUAUUAAGGACUUCAGCAGACAGAAACUCCCUCUCCAAAAGAUACAAAAUCUCCUCUGUGUUUUCAGGCUAAAUGUAAACAAUAAUGUCUUGGAAGAAAAAUUAUUUUUCAGGGGGCCGUGGUAGUGUCCAAGGGAUGUUUGCACCUCGAAGCUCAACCUCUAUAGCCCCCAGCAAAGGCCUCAGCAAUGAGCCAGGACAGAACAGUUGCUUCCUCAAUAGUGCCUUGCAGGUUUUAUGGCACUUGGACAUCUUCCGACGUAGCUUCAGGCAGCUUACAACUCACAAGUGCAUGGGAGAUUCCUGCAUCUUUUGUGCUCUUAAGGGAAUCUUUAACCAGUUUCAGUGCAGUAGUGAAAAAGUGCUUCCAUCUGACACUCUCCGCAGUGCUCUGGCAAAGACUUUCCAGGAUGAACAGCGCUUCCAGCUGGGAAUUAUGGAUGAUGCUGCAGAGUGCUUUGAAAACCUGCUGAUGAGAAUUCACUUCCACAUUGCCGAUGAAACCAAAGAGGAUAUAUGUACUGCCAAGCACUGCAUCUCCCACCAGAAAUUUGCAAUGACGUUGUUUGAGCAGUGUGUGUGUACCAGCUGUGGCGCCACUUCUGAUCCACUGCCUUUCAUCCAGAUGGUGCAUUACAUCUCUACCACUUCCCUUUGCAAUCAGGCUAUUUGUAUGUUGGAAAGACGAGAAAAACCCUCACCAAGCAUGUUUGGUGAGCUGCUACAGAAUGCCAGUACCAUGGGGGAUCUCCGGAAUUGUCCGAGCAACUGUGGAGAGAGGAUUCGGAUUCGCCGUGUAUUGAUGAAUGCUCCACAGAUUAUUACAAUUGGACUGGUAUGGGACUCGGACCACUCAGACUUAGCAGAGGAUGUCAUUCAUAGCCUGGGUACCUGCCUUAAGUUGGGUGAUCUGUUUUUCAGAGUGACAGAUGACCGGGCCAAGCAGUCUGAACUGUACUUAGUAGGAAUGAUCUGUUACUAUGGCAAACAUUAUUCUACAUUCUUUUUCCAAACAAAGAUCCGCAAAUGGAUGUAUUUUGAUGAUGCUCAUGUCAAGGAGAUUGGGCCCAAAUGGAAGGAUGUGGUGACCAAAUGCAUCAAGGGGCAUUACCAGCCUUUGCUGCUGCUUUAUGCCGACCCCCAGGGUACCCCAGUGUCCACCCAGGACCUGCCUCCCCAAGUUGAAUUCCAGUCAUACAGCAGGAUGUGCUACGAUAGUGAAGAUUCUGGGAGGGAACCCUCCAUCUCAAGUGAUACUCGAACAGAUUCCUCAACGGAGAGCUGUCCCUACAAACACUCCCACCAUGAAUCUGUGGUCAGUCACUUCUCUUCUGAUUCUCAGGGGACAGUCAUCUAUAAUGUGGAGAAUGAUUCCACGUCUCAGAGCAGUCGGGACACAGGACACCUGACUGAUAGUGAAUGUAAUCAGAAACUGACAUCCAAGAAAGGGUCUCUGAUAGAGCGCAAGAGAAGCUCUGGCCGGGUUAGGAGGAAAGGCGAUGAGCCACAGGCCUCAGGGUACCACAGUGAAGGAGAAACACUGAAAGAGAAGCAGGCUCCUAGGAACACCUCUAAACCAUCCAGCAGUACCAACAGACUAAGAGAUUUUAAAGAGACAGUUAGUAAUAUGAUCCACAGCAGACCAUCCCUGGCUUCUCAGACCAACCUAGGAUCUCCUUUUGUGGGAAAAGGAGGAGACCAGGUGGACAAAAGACCUCCUAGAAACCUACCUUUACAGCCUCGUGAUUGGGAAAUAGAGAGCACUAGCAGUGAGUCAAAAUCCAGUUCUUCCAAGUAUCGUCCAACAUGGAGACCCAAACGGGAAUCUCUGAAUAUUGACAGUAUCUUUAGUAAGGACAAAAGGAAGCACUGUGGCUAUACGCAGCUAAGCCCAUUUUCUGAGGACUCAGCUAAAGAACUUACACCAGAUGAACUAAGCAAGCCACCUGCUUAUGACUUUAAAACUGGUGGGCCAACCCCUCAAUACAAGCCUUGGGUCCCAGCAAGGCCAGGCUCUCACGUUUUAGAGCAGCACCCUCGCCUCAUCCAGCGAAUGGAAUCUGGCUAUGAGAGCAGUGAAAGGAACAGCAGCAGCCCUGUCAGCCUGGAUGCAGCCCUGCCUGAGAGCUCGAGUGUCUGCAGGGAUCCAAGUGCUAAGAGAUCAGCUGUGUUAGCACCUUCCUGGCGUCACAUCCCAAAGUCUUACAGCAGUAGCAUCCUGGAGGCGGACUCCACAGCCUCCAGGAGUGGUUGGACAAAGAAUCAGCUCCUGUCAGGUGGGGAGAUAUCUUCCAAAAGUGAACUAGAUGAAUUGCAAGAAGAAGUGGCCAGGAGGGCCCAGGAACAGGAACUUCGAAAGAAACGGGAGAAGGAAUUAGAGGCAGCUAAAGGGUUUAACCCUCAUCCUAGCCGCUUUAUGGACUUGGAUGAACUGCAGAAUCAGGGGAGGAGUGACGGCUUUGAGAGGUCCCUGCAAGAGGCAGAUUCAGUAUUUGAAGAGUCGCUGCACCUGGAACAGAGGGGAGACUGUGCCGCAGCUUUGGCUCUCUGUAACGAAGCUAUCUCUAAACUAAGACUUGCCCUGCAUGGUGCCAGCUCUAGCACGCACAGCAGAGCCCUAGUCGAUAAGAAGUUGCAAAUCAGUAUUCGAAAAGCACGGAGCCUGCAGGAUCGCAUGCAGCAGCAGCAAUCAUCGCAGCAAACGUCGCAACCCUCAGCCUGCCUCCCCUCACAGGCAGGGGCCCUUCCUCAGCCAACAAGUGAACAGCCUAUCCCGCUCCAAGUAUUGUUAAGCCGGGAGGCACAACUGGAACCCUACACGAAUACAGAGUUUGGGGCCAGUUCUUUUGUCUACUCAUCUGCUUCCUGCCAUGAAUCACAGUCACCACUCUUUCCAGAGUCAUCUACCCUGUCUGCCCCACAGCAUAAUUCCCCCAGUAGGUCUGCCUCAAACCCUCUUACUUCAGUGGAGGUGGAUAGCAUUGACCCCUCUGUGUUGCACAGGCAGUGCUCACCUAAAACACCAGGGACAACUGAGAAGAACUCUCAUCAUGGUUGGGAACCAUUAGAUAUACCAGAGGGUAAGCUGCAAGGCUACAGGGCUGAUAACAGCAGCUGCAACAGGUUUCCCCCUCAAGAAGGAAGAGACAUUGAUCAAGAAGAGCUAUUCCAAGAAAAGAGGGAUCCUGUUGACUCAUCCCAGGUGAUAGCUUGGUCACACCCAACUGGAAUAGCCACCAAUGAGAAAGAUGAUGCACACCGCCUAGCCUGUAGUCUUGUAAGUUCAUCAGCUCAGCCCAACCUUCCCCUUUACAAAGCCUGCCACCCUGUAAUGCCUGCUGCUUUUUCAUCUGUGUUUCGCUCUCCUGAUACUGUGCAGAAAACUAACCAAUGCCUCCAAGCCAAAAGCCUCAAAGCUUUGUUGACUUCAAAAGUGAAUGGAGGCAGUGAGGAACUCUGUACGCCAGAAUUUUCAGGCACUAAGGGGCUUGUCCGCUCUCUGGCAGAACAGUUCCAGAGGAUGCAAGGUGCCACCACAAAAGAUGGUACUGGUUCCCAGGACAGAAGUUUUCCAAAUAGUCGAAGGAAGAACUCUUCCCCUUCUGACUCUAAGCCUCCUUUCCCACAGGGUCAAGGGAAAGGCCAUUGGCCUUGGGCAAAACAGCAGCCCUCUAUGAAUAGUAGGGACAGACUGCCUUCCCGGGAAGAGCCUUUUGAUCAUCCUCCUCUUACCAUGAACUCUGGGCUGCCCAGUGGUGAGACUGCUUGGGGAGGACAGCCCAGGUUGGCAGAGCCAGAUACGUACCAAAAAAAGCCAUCACAAGUAAGAGAUGCUAGGCCUAAGGAGUUGGGCAGCAAUGUUGACUUGGGAACUUCCUUGCCUUUGGAUUCCUGGGUGAAUGUCACAAGACUCGGUGACUCUCAGCUUACACAUGGGGUCCCUGAGCCAGAAAUAAAGUCCUCCCCUCCAAAUUCCUAUACCUGUGCAGCCUAUCCAGACAGAAACCACAUUCUUUUGCAUCCACAUUGGAACCAGGACACAGAGCAGGAGACCUCAGAAUUGGAGUCUCUCUACCAGGCCAGUCUUCAGGCUUCUCAAACUGGCUGUUCUGGAUGGGAGCAGCAGGAUGUGGCCUGGUACCCACUUAGCCAAACAGGCUCUGCAGAUGGCAUUGGAAGGAGGUUGCACUCAGCCCCUGGCCUUGGUCUCUCAAAGACCCCAGCAGCAGAAACGGAGCACAGUCUCCAUGAAGCCAACACAGUGCCUGCUUCUCAGGAUUCAUCAAACACGAGGAAAAAGGCUUUGGAAACCAAGCACCGUUGUUCCAGCUCCUCUUCCCUCCCUGUCAUCCAUGACCCUCCUGUGUUUCUCCUUGGUCCCCAACUCUACCCACCCCAACCACAGUUCCUGUCCCCAGAUGUCUUGAUGCCCAGCAUGGCAGGGGAGCCCCAUAGACCCCCAGGAACUUCAAGGAGUGCCCAGCAGUUUCUGGUUAUGUGUGACAGGGGUGAAACUUCCCAAGGGGUCAAGUACGCAGGAUCGACUUGGAACUAUCGGAGUCUCCCCCAUUGUUCCAGAACAGAUGCCUCUUGGGGACCAUGGUCAGAGGCCAACCAGCAUAUUGGGGCUAGAUUCCUGACUACUCCAGGGUGCAAGACUCAGCUAAUCCAUUCUGCCACACUACCAGAAAGACACCAGGGCCUUCAUGUUCCUCAUGAUCAGUCCUGGGGGGGUCUUCUCCAUUCACCCUCCCAUCCUCCCAUUGUUCACCCUGUGUCUCUAUCAUCAAACAGUCUUCAUGUACCCCUGAGGUCAGCUUGGAAUUCGGGUCCUGUUCCAGGGUCUCGAGCCCCUGGUCCUCGAAGAGUAGAUAUGCCCCCAGAUGAUGACUGGAGGCAAAGCAGUUAUGCCCCACAAUCUGGGCACAGGAGGAUAGGGGGACAAGAGUUUCUGUUUGUUCUAGCAGAUGCCCCUGGAAGAAAGCAGAUCAGGGCUAGAGCCCUGCAGCACAGUAGGUGGUAAGGGCCACCCCUUUCCUCUCCUGGAGCCACAGCUUUCUCUGUUAAACUGUAUGGUGGCAGAGUUCAUACCUUACAUCCCUGCCAGGGUUGUGCUAGUCUCAUCUCAUCAUAGAGUGGGCAGUUUCUCCUAGGGAUGCCAGGAACCUCUAAUGUGAUGUGGCUGUUUGAGAAGGAAUAUUGGAAAUUCCAAUUUCCAUUCACCUAGCAAAGAGAAGUAGCUGCUAUUUAGGCCUUUAUUUGAGCCACUUUAAAGAUGAAUCCAUAUUACUGUGGACAUUAGCCAUUCCUUAGGUCACCAUUCUAUUCCUGGAUACUUUAUGUCCCUACUUGUACUUGAGCCCUCAUCCUCUGUUCCUCUACUGUCUUACCAACUUCUAUUCUUUGUUUUAUCCACCUAUCCCUAUUACCUGUCUGUCUUCCCCAUUCCCCAUUCUUGGAGGGACAUGUAGCCCUAUGGUCACUGUCCUGACCACAGGGCAGUCCUCCUACCCAGGUAUGAUAGACUGUCAGCCUUCCCUGUGCCCCCAAAACUUAGGCCUAGAAUGUGGAGCUUCCAACAUAACAUUUGCCCUCUGAACAAAUGGAGUCAGGCACACUAAUACCCUUCUGUCUCAGCAGCAGAGUCAUUACUGCCACUUGCUCAUUCGCUGUUGUAAACCCUCAGAGUCAGCUGAACUAUUUUAGGGCCAAACAUACUGUUUUUGUAAAGUAUUUUUCAUUAAUAAAUCUAUAAGAUAGUUCUAUUUAA